AUGAUAUUUGCUUUUCGUCAUGAUUUGUCUUACAGUGUAACAUCAGUGGCUUAUUAUGUACAUCGAAUUGGACGAAUAAAUGAUCUUUUUAAAUUACAUAUUAGUAGAAAUGAAUAUGGUUUAUUUCAAUUAGACGUGAAUAAUUGUUUUAUCGAUUUUUGUUUAAAAGAUAUUGAAGGAAAUCUACUUCCACAUAAAACUGAACAAAAUUAUAAUGAAUUAAAGAAAAUGGCUGAAGAUUUACAACAACGUCUUGAACAAUGUCAAAAAGAAAAUGAUGAAAUGAAAAAAACAAUUGCAACACUUGAAAAAAACAUGCGUGACAAACAAAAUAAAGAUAUUAUUCCUUGUUCCACAGCUGAUGAGGAUCAAGGAGAGGCGCACAUUACAAUGACAGAAGACUUUGAUCAAGUAAAUCUCAAGGUCAGUAAACGAGAACUUAUUGUUCGUCAGUUAAAACGGUAUCGAAUUCAGGUGGCGGCACUGGCUGAAACAAAAAUACCGGAUUCGGGUGUUUGUGUAGUAAAUGGAUAUACGUUUAUAUAUUCAGGUUCACAUUCUCAAUUAUUAUCAAAAUCUGCAUACGGGGCAGCUGUAUGUUUGGGUCCUGAAGCUACUAAUGCUUGGAAGAACUCAGGUGCUCAAUGGGAAGCAGUGAGUUCAAGAAUUGUAACUGUACGUAUUGAAUGUCGACCUGUACCAAUCACCAUCAUAGCUGUUUAUGCACCCAUAAAUCCCUCGAAUGGAGUAAAAAAUGGUAUUGAAACUUGUGACGAGUUCUAUAAAACUCUACAAGCAACAAUAGAUAAAACCCAUAAGAGUGAUAUGAUUAUGAUAAUGGGUGAUUUUAAUGCUCGUGUUGGAGUAGAACAGGCCAAUACAGCUGGAGGAACUGUCGGUAAGCAUGCUAUUGACAAACAAAAUCAAAACGGUCGUCGACUAGUCGAUUUCUGUUUAUUUAAUAGCUUUAUAGUUACUAACACAUUCUUUCCACAUAAAGCAGUCCAUCAAGGCACGUGGAUGCAUCCAAAAACAAAACAAUGGCACAUGUUAGAUUAUAUACUAGUCAAUCGUAAAUUUCGAUCUAGUGUACGAGAUGUACGAGCUCAUAGAGGUGCUACUGGCGGUAUUGGAACAGAUCAUCAUUUAUUACGUGCUAAAAUUCGACUGCGUGGAAAUGGACAAAGUAUAAAGCACAUACCAGUCCAGGAUAAGAACGGCUUAACAUUAACUAACAGUAAAGAUCAAUUGAAUAGAUGGAAAGAGUAUUUUGAUAAAAUGCACAAUGUUGAUACUACAAUAAACGAACAAGUUUUACAACAAAUUCCAAGUCCUACAGUUGAUGAUGAAGAACUUUCUCGACAGGAUGCUGUACCAACUCUUGAUGAGGUUGUAAAGGCGAUUGGACAAAUUAAAAAUAAAAAAGCUCCUGGAAAAGACGGUGUACCAGCGGAACUCCUAAAAGCGGGCGGUCAUUAUAUCGCUGAAUGGUUGCAUGAAAUUAUUCGCGAUGUAUGGGAACAGGAGGUUAUGGAGAUGUGGCGUAAAGCAAUUAAUAAAGAAGUUCAGUCCACAACAGUCCGAUCGGAUGCAGCACAUGUCAUACAUGAGCAUAAAGAAAGAGCAAAAAAACGUCGGGCAGAUGAAAGACUUCUUGAUUGUAAUAAAAAAAUGAAUACUCCUCCAAGUACAACAACAGUAAUAAAUGUUGAUACAACAUGCUCACUAUGUGGGCGAACGUUUAAAAGCAAACGAGAAUUUGGUGAUUUUGGUUUAUAUAAUGCUAAAAUUAAUAUUGAAUUAAAAAUAAAUCAUGAUGUUGAAGUUAAUCGUGCUAGUUAUAUGCCACAAAAUUCAUCAUUUAUUGCAACAAACUCUUCAUCAGCUGUUGUAUUAAUAGGAUGUGGAGCUGCAAGUGCAACAAAAUCCGGACCAACAGCAGCACAACCUGCUUCAACUAACAAAACACGAAUUCAUGUUAUUUACUAUUCAAUGUACGGUCAUAUCGCAACAAUGGCUAAAUCUGUUGUGAAAGGUGUUCAAGCAGCUGGUGCUGAAGUUCGUCUAAUGCAAAUACCUGAAACAUUAUCACAAGAGGUUUUAAAUAAAAUGCAUGCACCAGAAAAAGAUAAAAGUGUACCAACAAUAACAUUUGGUGAAGUUGGCGAAAAUACAGUAGGAUUAGAAGAUGCAUUAACGAAUUGUGAUGGUAUUUUAUUGGGUAUGCCAACUCGUUUUGGUGGUAUGCCAGCUCAAGUUAAAGCUUUCUGGGAUGCUACCGGUGGAUUAUGGAUGAAAGGCGGAUUAGUUGGUAAACCAAUUGGUGUGUUCUUUUCAACCGGUACACAAGCUGGCGGACAAGAAACAACGGCAUUAACAUCAUUAACAAAUUUUGUUCAUCAUGGUAUGAUUUUUGUACCAAUUGGUUAUUCAUGUCCCCUUCAAACAAAUAUGAGUGAAAUCCAUGGUGGUAGUCCAUACGGUGCCGGUACUCUUGCUAGUUCUGAUGGAUCACGUCAACCAACUCAACUUGAAUUACAAAAAGCUGAGUAUCAAGGAACAUAUUUUACACAAGUAGCAACCGCAUUAAAGAUUGGUCGGGCUGCAUUACCACCAAAAGAUGCUACUACACCUGAUUCAAAACAAGAUGCUGAACAAUCAAAAACUGAGCGACUGCCAUCAGCAAAAAAAUAA